AUGGUGAACCCCGCGUACCUCUUCGUCUUCACCGAACGCGGCUCGGCCAUCGACGAAGCCAUCUUCGAAGAUUGGUACGACAACGAGCACAUACCUCUCCGCCUCAAUCUGCCCGAUAACCUUUUCGCCGGCGUCACUCGCUGGACUGCUGCGGACGGGAAGAUUCCCCAGCAUCUCGCCAUCUAUAACCUCUCGUUGCCCGAUGCGACCUCCCAUCCCGCAUACGUUGCGCUCGCAGGGUCUCGCAGCUCGCGCGAGAUCGACAUCCUCGCGAAGCUCGCGUACCUCGACAGGCGGGUGUACGUGCCGUUCGGGCACGAGCCCAUUGGCGCGCAGAAGGAGGGGUACGACGAGCGGAACCCGGGGCCGUUCUUGCUGGUCGCCGAGCUGAACGUGAAGGAUUCGCCCGAGGCGGAGGCGGAGGUCGAGAGGUGGUACCUUGAGGAGCACAUCGCGGAGGUGAGGAAAGUGCCGGGCUGGGUGCGGAGCAGGGUGUGGACUGUCAAGGAGGUCCUGAGCGUGUGGGGCACGAGCGUGGACGUGUCGGCGCCGCAGAAAGCUCCGGCGAGAGUCGUCGCGCUGCACGAGUGGGAGAGCCCUGAGGCACUGCAAGGUCCGGAGGUCCAGGCGGCGAUCGAUACGGACUGGUCGAAGAGGCUAUUGAGCGAUGGGGUAAUUGCUGGGAUAGAAACUAGGCUGUUGAGAUACUUGCGGGGAUGGGAAGGUAAAGAGGGAGCGUAG